AACUCAGAAAUACUAUUUUCUCCUAUCACCAAAAAAAUUCGACAUCACGUGCUCAAAUUUAGGUGUUUUUUUUUUCCAUUCGUCCCAAAAACUUUCAACUACAUUCUUUCUACCACACCCACCCACCCACCACCGCCGUCCCGUCUGUUCUGUCCCCAAAACACAGAUGCUUCCCACGCCAGAUACCUCGCACGUAGCGUACGAGCGCGUCUACGAGCCAGCCGAAGACUCGUUCCUACUCCUCGACACGCUGUCCUCCGCGCCCGAGACCUCGUUCCUGCGGCAGCGUUUCUUCGGCAGCGACUCCUGGGGCGCCCCGCUCGUGCUAGAAGUAGGCCCAGGCUCGGGCGUGGUCGUCGCCUUCGUCCACGCGCACGCCAGGAUCCUCUUUGGGUCGCCGGCCGUGCUGACGGCCGCCAUCGACAUCAACGGGCACGCGUGUCGGGCGACGGGCGAGACGGCCAGGAAAGCAGCGGCAGAGAAUGCGGAAACGCACGGUGAAUUUCUCGGGGCCCUGCAGGGGGAUCUGGUGGCGCCUGUGAGGGAUCGGUCAGUGGAUGUGCUGGUGUUCAACCCGCCGUACGUGCCCACGUCCGAGUUGCCUCGGCAGCCCACGCAGCAGCAGCAGCAGGCGGAUGAUCUACUACAAGCUACGAAGCCCACCACCACGUUCGACGAGGACUCGUACAUGCUCUCGCUGUCCUACGCGGGGGGCAAAGAUGGGAUGGAGACGACGGAUAGGCUGAUCAGCAGCCUGCCACGAGUGCUUUCUAGCAGAGGGUGCGCGUACAUCUUACUAUGCGCCCAGAACAAGCCCGAGGAGGUCAAGGAGCGGGUUCGAGCCUUCGGGGAAGGUUGGAAGGUCGCUACCGUGGGGUCAAGCGGGAAGCAGGCCGGGUGGGAGAGAUUGCAGAUCAUUAGAAUCUGGGUAGAGUAGAUAGAUACCCAGUUGUUACCCAGCAGGUAGACAAGAGAGGAAGUUUGCGUCAACGAGCUUCAAUUGGUUUCUUUGGAUGAGCAUUUAGCUCCACACGAAAUGACAUGACGCGGUGUUUGCAAAGGGGCCAUACCGGCUUGUUUGCCAUUCUUGAAUGGUUUCUUUUUCAUUUACCCUCCAAACGCCGUAGUAGAAAUUCCUAGUGUCUUUCCGUAGG